UGUCACAAGUGAACACAGGUGACCUGGGACCCGCCAAGCCCCGCUGACAACAUCACAGCCAGCGGAACUAAAACAAUUAGCAGCUGGAGUGCCAGUGGAGUGUAUCAGGCAUUUUUCUGAAAUUAUAAUAACACACAAAGACGCCUUUUUAGCGUAGUUUGUGUUUGAGGAUACGAGCGGUUCCACUGACCGUAUUGGAGCGCACUGGUGGAAGACCCGCGUAGUUUCCAGAACCUGCACUCCCAACUUCGUAUCAUCUGACCUUCAGAGCGUUUUCCAGGCCUCUCCAGGGUGUCCAGAGAUGUAGGGAGCAGUGUGAGGAGCUCCCCCCCCGCUCACUCUCUCAGCACCACUUUCCUUACAAAGAGGUUCCUCUCUCUCUCGGGCUGGACUGUGGUGCGUCUGCGUCUGCGUCUGCACGCCCCCCCCUCCCCCCUCGCCCUCCAGCCAUGGCCUCGCGAGUAGGGCUGCGUCUGCAGCUGAUGCGAGACCAGCUGCAGCAGGAGGAGCAGCGGGAGCGGCAACUGCAGCAGAAUGCGGCGCUGCAGUACAUACAACAGCAGAGUAUGUCUGCCCCUGCACCCAGCCCUGCCAUCAACGCUCCACAACACUACCAGAGCAUGCAGGUUCCUGUUGAGGUGCUCAAGGUCCAGACUCACUUGGAGAAUCCUACAGACUACCACAUCCGCCAGUCCCAGAGACAACAGGUGAAGGAGUACCUCUCCACCACCUAUGCCACCAAGCAGACGGUGCAUGCAGUAACAGGUGUGGUGCAGCCCUCCCCUCCCCCUCCCCACCACUCCCCCCUGCUCCGUACGGAGCAGCUCAUCACAGGAAACAGUGCCCCCAACAGCCCCAUGGCCAUGCUCAACAUCAGCUCCAGCCAUGAGAACGAGGUACACGAGAUGGAUGAGGUCAUCGAUGACAUCAUCAGCAUGCAGUCGAGCUAUGAUGACAUCCAGCAGUAUAUUGACCCUCUUCAGAUGUCCAACACUCUGCCUCUGUCCAGCAGUCACCUGGACGUGUACACGGGCCCUGGGAUGACCGGUCAAUCCAUCGCAAUGACAAGCAAUUCCUGCCCUGCCAACCUGGCCAUCAAACGAGAGCUGACGGAAACCCGUGCAAUGGCCAAAGAGAGACAGAAGAAGGACAACCACAACCUGAUUGAGAGGAGGAGGAGGUUCAACAUCAACGACCGCAUUAAAGAGCUGGGCGGCAUGAUCCCCAAAACCAACGACCUGGACGUGCGCUGGAAUAAGGGCACUAUUCUGAGGGCAUCCGUAGAGUACAUCAAGCGUAUGCAGAAGGACAUGCAGAGGACCAGAGAGGUAGAGAACAACUUCAAGAGGAUGGAGAUGGCCAACAAACAGCUGUGGCUGCGCAUCGAGGAGUUGGAGAUGCAGGCUCGUCUGCACGGCCUCCCCAGCUCCUCUCCCUCUGGGAUGGGUUCUGGGGAGCUGAUGGGUUCCUACGUCAAACAGGAGACCAGCCCUGAGGAGAAGCUCCAGCAGCAGCAGCAGGCCCAGCACCAAGCUCAUGCCCAGGGCCAACAACACCUACACCACCCCCAGUCCCACCACAUCCAGCCCCAGCAGGGCCAGCCCAGACAGCUGCCUCCUCUCCCCCCUCACCUCCAGCCCCAACUUCCCCUCCAGUACCCAGCUGUGGGCAGCUCUCAGCCCUUUGACUUUGCCCAGUCGCUGAACUUGUGUGACGGGGUGCCUGGCUACCCGGAGGGCUUGUCAGGGCUAGGGGAGCUCGGCCUCCUGGGCACCCAGGGAAGGAGAGGCGACCUGGGCUUCCUGAUGAUGGACGAGCCUCUGUCUCCUCUGGGUGGAGACCCUCUGCUCUCUGCCAUGUCCCCUGAGGCCUCGGUUGACUCCAGCCGCAGAUCCAGCUUCAGCAUAGAGGACACAGAUAUACUGUAGAGGGAGUGUACACACACAGACACACACACACACACACACACACACACACACACACACACACACACACACACACACACACAGACACAGACACAGACACAGGCACAUAUGGUACGUACAGAACACCCACUGGAUAUACACCCCCGAGAGCACUGAUAUACUGUGAUAUAUGCUUUUGCUCUGUUCAACAACCCUGCUACAUAUGCACUCCAAACGCCCUCACAUACACUGUAAGCACUCGCAUAGACACUGUACACACACUGAGACACACUUAAACACACACACUCAAAAUUCUCAUGGAUGCACACCUUUAACACUCACAUAGAUACACAUUCAACAGCAAUGUGAGAAACCAAAUCCAUGUUUCGGAUUGAAAUAGUUGUUCCCUACCACUGUAAAUAUCAGAGCACCUCUAAAUGAUACACAAUCUAGUACACACGCGAACACACAACAAGCACAGACAGCUUCUUGUUCACUCUAACACAGAGGGGCCCCUGUUAUUUGAAGGGAAAUAAGUGAGGUACUGCCAACGGUUUAACACACACACACACACACACACACACACCCUUCCUCUGUAAAACACACUGCCAUGACCUCUAUGGUACUGCCAUCUCCUGUGUGACCUUUGACCUUUAGCCUUUAGGGUACUGCCAAGUCUACUCCAUGUCCUCUGACCCCUGUGUGGAUGUUGAGGAGAGAUGGAUUGGCCCUGCAUUGUGAGAUAGUGUAGCGAUUGAAGAAGUUAUGUAGCUCCACAGUGUAAGUAAUGCCACAAGGUUCUAUGUAGCGACUCAGGAUCUUCUGUAGCCCAGUCCUUAACCUGCCAACGUGCCUUGUGUUAGCCACCUGAAGCCCCACUCUAUCUGGGUUAGAUGGAGAGUGAAGGAGUGGGUUGUGUUAGCCACCUGAAGCCCCACUCUAUCUGGGUUAGCUGGAGAGUGUGGAGAGCGAAGGAGUGGGUUGUGUUUUAGUAUAUUGUAGUGCAGGGUUCCCCAACUGGCGGCCUGCGCUACAAAUUUUGCCCACGGGUGAUUAUUUGGCCUCGCAAGUUUUCUGAGACACUUUUUAAAAAAUUAUUGUUUACAUAAAAGACUGUUAAACGCCAGAAAAUCAGCUCCAAGUGAUUUUAGGGUUAGUAAAAUAAAUGUAUUCCCACGCAUAAAAGUAUUCCCAAGCAUAAUAGAGAGAUGUGAUCGUAUACAAAUGUAAGCAAGGUUUGAAAUUAUUAUGUUUUCAUAUCUGUUUGGGCUUCUUGCAGUCAAUUAGCAGUCUACAAAUUCUGUGUAAUUAUGUUCUGGCCCCCUGACCAUCCGCUCAAGAAAAUAUCGCCCCGCGGCUGAAUCUAGUUGAUGAUCCCUGUUGUACUGUGUAGUUAGGAGAGAGAGGAGCAGUCAAAUAUAUUGGUCUGUAGUGUCGUAUUCCGCACUGUAAAAACACAGCACCAGCCUAAACACACACACACACACACACACACACACACACACACACACACACACACACACACACACACAGCAGUGUGCCAUGAGGCUGUGUUCAAAUCAACACUUUGAGCGAGACUUCAGUACCUCACCCGGUUUGUGCUUGUAGAACUGACAGCUUUGGGUCAGCCAGAUAAAACUACACACACUCACCAGGUACAAACCAAACCAACCCUGUAGAAACCAAACUACGGCCGUACAAUACAUGAAUAAACUAACAGGUAACAAAUGAAUUUGGAUGAGGGACUAGGGGUAACACUUUGAUUUGAUAUGGCUUAUGAUCAGUACAGAAAAAAAGGAAGAAAUAUGAUGAUUAUUUGUUUGUAUUCUUGAUUAUAGUUGGUUUUAUUUUAUCUCCCAAAGCACUGGAACCUAUAUUUUAUUGACUUUGUACAUGAAGGAAUUUAUGAAAUUAGUUUUAUUUCAUAUGUUUUAUGCCACUAAGCCACUUAAAUGUAUUGUAUUUGUAUUUGUCCUUUUUUAUUUUAUUCCAAAAGUACCUUUUUCCUCUAACAGCCAUUUAAAUAUGAAAGUAUUUAAGCCACUAGUGUGAAAGUGUACGACCAGUGGGGAGACAUUCUAUACUUUUCUUUGUGUGAAGAACUCUUCAAAUUUCACCAGGCUGAGAACAACAUGUACAAUUAUAUUAUGCCAUUUUUAUAUUGAUUGGGAUUGGUUUAUCUUUUUUCACCUAUAGAAAUUGGAAACAGAGACUGUUGAGAGGUGAUUUAUUUGAUUUUAUUCUGUUUUAAUUGCGCUUUUUGUGAAUGUGAAGAUGGCCUGUAGUACUGGUCCCCAGCCAAACCCAAAUACCACAAGAGAAGAGUAUUUUCCUUCAUGGUCUUUGAUUUCCUUGGCGACGACUACCUUCUAAUGGUACUCAGAAAUACCAUCAAGGAGAUCCGUUGGCAUAACCUUGAACAGACCUGACUUUCUCUCUCUCUGUCUGCCAGAGUUUGCCUUUAUCCUGCUCCAAUGUUAGUAAUCAAUUGUUUUAUUCUAGUUUUUAUUGUCCAACUGGCACGCCAAAGAGCUUGUCUGCAGAUAAUGUAGCGUGUUGUCCCCUCUUUGACUGUCCCCCUCCCCCCAUGUCACUGUAUGGGACUGACUCUGGCUGACUGGGCAGGGGAAACUGGCAUUCUGGUUUUGCUUUGGAUAUAAAAUGUUUUACCAAAA